GGUUGGCAGGUUGUGCGGCCCAGGAAAGCAGAGGGAGAAAUAAGUCUCAGAAAUGAAUUUUAAUGUCUGGAAUAUCAAAGAGAUGCUCAGUAUUCCCUCAGGUUCUGGGAUCACUAAAUCAUCUAGCUGGAAUAAUAAUCAGACUGAUGAUUCUGCUCUCAGUGACUCCCAGUUCCUCUUUGGAUCUCAGUUUUGUCCAGAAAACUCAGAGGCUCUGUCAGUACCCUUGGAAUUUAGUGCUCACUUGAGAUAUCCAAAACAGACACAGCAGAAUUCUCUAGAUAGUGAACCUAGUAUUUUCACAAAGUACCAGACAAAACCCCAGUUGUUUGGAGGAGAUACAAAGGAUGAAGGCUUAUUUUCUCUUCCUUUGCCAGCUGGAAAAUCAAAAGGACUCUUGAAACAGUUUGAGGAGCAAAAAAGAAGGGCAACAGACAGAUGUGACAGUGAGAUCCUUAACCAAUUUGUUUCUCAUUUUGGAGAACUCAUUCAGAAGUUGCAGACAUCUUUGGAAAAGUCUGAGGAACAUCUCACCUCAAGAAGCCAAUGUAUUUUGGAGUCUUUGGAGACUGUGGUCAAGACAUUUCAAGAGACUACACGGGUCCAGAGUGACCUGAUGAUUGGGGUGGUGCAAGACAAAGGCAAUAUGGAACAGGCCAUCCUUGACAUACAGAAGAAAUUAGAAGCUAGACGAGCAGAGUUUAUAGAAAUGAAGUCCAGCCUGAAGAACCUUGAAAUUCUAGUUGCCCAGCAGAGUAAGGACUUCCAGCAGCUUUGUGAGAAGCUAGGCCAGCUCAAUGUGCCUGGUGUCUUAGAAGAGCUGAAGCAAUUAAUCUCUGUGCCUCAGGUACCUGGGCAUGUGAAAGACAGCACUUCUCAGACCUCACCCUCUCUGACCCAGAGUCUCAAUUUCAUCAGGCAGGGAAAAAACACCUCUGAGGAGCCAUCAACUUGGGAGAGCCAAGAGCCUCCUACUGCAAUGAAUCCCAGUAUGAGUUCCCAGAGGUCUGAGGGGUUUGGAAUCUGGGAUAAAGGAGCAAAGAAUAAUGUUCUCCAAGAGGUUACACUACCAGCAGAUGGGCCCCAUAAAGGAAAAGAGCAUGUAAAGGACAGAACAAUGCAAAAUAACUGCAAGAACUGGGUUAUCACCAAAACAAGUCCCAAGAACCAUGACUCCAGCCUCCCAAACCACAAAGUUUGUGGUGACGAAGAUCUAAUUUCCCAAGAAUCAUCACAAGUGAACUUAAAGACUUUUGUGACCAGGUUUAAGAAUGUCUACCCCAAAUAUCAAGCCCAGAGCAAGUUUUCUUCUGACCCAUGUGAACAGUCAGCAACUGAACAGAAGAAAGGCAGGUCACUCAAAGGCAAAAAGAAACAGACCAGAAAAUCCUGCAGAGGGAAGCCUCUAGGUAGGAAGCAAGAACAAACCCCAAGCAAGACCUGUGCUUUCAUUUCUAAAUAUCAGAGUUCUCAGUCUCUAGUUUCUGGCCCACAAGAGCCCUCCAUCCAGCAUUGGGGUCUAAGAGGCCCUGCAAAGCCAUCCUGUCAUGUUCUGAGAGGAACAGUUAAGACCAGCAAUACAGCAAAUGCAGCACAAGGGAGUCUCUUACAGUCUACCAGGCAUUCUUCAGAAGACAAUGAGUGUUUUUUCAGCAGUUCGCAGGGGGACCAGCAGAUAAGUUGGUUCAAUAACCUCAGUCUUGAAACUCUAGCGCCAACUCAAUGUAAGAAGGCAGGGAAGAAUUUGCUCUGUGACCCCGAUUUUGAUAGUGAUGAUAACUUCUAACCUGCCAACAGUGAAUUUAGCUGAUAGUUUAUUGAUCUCAGCUGGAAAGACAAAUUGUAGAACAUUUGGACUGGGCAGUAACAAAGUAUCUUUGAAACCUGCUUCCCAACCCUCAGGGUCAGAGGCCCUGACAGAUUGUGAUCAGUAGGAAGUAGGGGAAGGUCCAGGACUCUGGGUAUUAGUUGCUGUUCAAGAUACCAGUCUGUUUUCACUCUUAUUUCCUUCUGUGCCUGUAGCUUCCACCUAUGUGGGCAAUCACAAUAGCCCUCUCAGAGACAAGGAAAUUCAGAUCUGGGCUCUGCCCUGGCUUCCCUGGCCUCUUCUUCCUUUUGGCUACAUUGGCUGGCUGCGUAUUCUCUCCACUGCAGCCUUUAACCCCUGCUGCUCCACACUGUUUGUGCAAGGGAGAUAUGAGAGAAAGCCCAGGUGCAGGAAGA